GUGACGUACUGACAUUUGUCUGGUUUGAUUCCAGGGUGACGGUUGUCCGCAAACAUGGGUUCACCUCACCAGCCAUGUCUUCUGAUUUUCAUAGCGGUACUUAGCAGCAUAGCCGGGGCAGAAUGCUGCACCUGUGCGAAAAUGAAGACUUUGGGAUAUACUGUUCCUUCAGGAGAUAUAACGCUACUAUAUGGAGACGCAUUGAACAUCACAUGCAACUUAUGUGAUAACUCAACGUUAGCGUACGGCGAAAAUGCCAGCGCUCUGUUAUAUUUCGAAAGGAAUAAUGACCUAGUCCCUAAAGAAGAGAUUGAGAUUAUAAACUCGACAAGUAUUCGCCUACACGUGCAAAGACAUCCAAUGGUAAAGAAAGACAUGUAUUACUGUUUGUUUAAUGAUACAAGAAAUAGAAAAGAAGAAAAGCUAGUCUGUAUGAAUACCGUUAUUGUAGGAGUGCCACCCCAAAAUGUGACAGAUUUCUCGUGUAUAAGUAGAAACUAUGAAGAUUUGGUUUGUACGUGGACACCACCUGAGAAUUACGUCAAUACAUCAUAUAAUUUGUCGUAUACCCUAAAAGGUAGAGCCGGAAGCUGCCUAGGUAACAGUAAAAACUCAAAAAAGUGCAUCAACGAAAAACGUAAGGUCAGAAAAAUAACACUUAACCCACACCGGUGUCCAAACCUGGAAUACGAAAAAGGAGAUCCCCCAAAAAUGCACUGUUUCUGGAACAUAUCGACGAACCCCCAGUACAGGCAAGCUCAUCCUGCAUUCGACUUCACUCUGACAAUGUGGAACGUCUUCAACAUGACAACUCAGGUGUUUCCCUUUGACCACUUCAAAAAUGUGCGGCCAAACGCUCCUGAGAAGCUAACUGCCAAUGCGACUUCACCUCACUCAAUACUCCUUAGUUGGAAAAUUCCGUCGUCGCUGAAUAUUUUUCCACCGGGGGUGCAUCACAGGAUACUGUACCAGUGCCAGCAUUAUGAGAAAAAAUGGCAGUUUGGAGGACUUAUCACUAAUAUUAGCAAUAAAUCGCCUGUUUAUGAAUUGAAGAAUCUCAAAUACGCCCACGCUCUGUGCGAUAUUCGAGUGAGUAUAAGGUCCGCAGAAGCGACAGAAGAACGUAUGUGGUCAGAUAACGCUACGGUAACUGCUAGGACAGAAAGUGAUAUACCUGAUGGGCCACCCGAUUCAACUUAUGGCAGUUUUGAGAUCGUAUCACAUGAUCUCACGAGACACGUUUACAUAUAUUGGAAGCAAAUAAAGGAGGAGCAGAAAAAUGGACAGAACUUUACAUAUGUUGUCGAGGUUGAAGGGUUUCCAAAUAUGCACCCUGUUGAGCUGACAAGGGCUUACGCAAAAUUCGAAAAUUUGGAACACAGAGAUUAUUUCAUACAUAUCAGGUCUAAGAAUGAAAAAGGACAAUCUUUAAGUAGGUCGACGGUGCAUAUCCCGAAAGAACAUAUCAGCGAACCAUUGUACUUCUCGAAAGUGGCGUAUAAAGACACUCUCUUUGAGUUAUCAUGGGAGCCACCAAAAACCUAUAGGAAAAUCAGUAACUAUACAAUAUUUUGGUGCAAUAACGAUAACGAGAGGCCUUAUCAAUGUCAGGGUGAUCUAGACUGGACGAUAGUACCUAGUAACGUCGUGAAACAUAACCAGACGCUUCCAAGGAGGAACAUUUAUCAAUUUGCGAUAUCCGCAAACACUGAAGAGGGGAGCAGCGGUAUGAUUUGGGCAGAAUGUACAGGCAUAGCCAAUAAACAAAUCACAAAAAUGAAGACUGUAUGGAUAAACAGCGUUGGAUCUGACUUUAUCGAGGUCAGAUGGAGAAUGGACUGUUCAGAAAGAACAGAAAAAAUAACCGGAUUUGUAGUCUACUAUUGCCCAAUAGGUUCACCUUCGUCACAAAUCAACUGCAAAGAACCACAAAAAAAUGUAACUAUACAUGGAAACAAAACCAUUCAAAAAGCAGUCGUUCAUAACCUGAUGCCAUAUACUUCCUACAGACUGACAGUUAGUUCUAUAAUAAACAAUAAUAACUUCAGUCCAACCAGUGAUCCAAUGUUGAAUACGACCACAGAAGCUGCGCCAUCGACACCUCCUUUGAAUGUAACCGUUUACAAAGUGACGAAUUCUUCGAUUUCGCUGAAAUGGGAAAAGCCAGCUACUAUCAAUGGAGUCUUGAAGUAUUAUAUGGUUUACUAUAACAAUAAUUCUACUAAGGUGGAUCCUCAUCACAAUAAUGUCACACUUACAGAUUUGAUGAGCUUCAAAAACUACACAAUCUCGGUGGAAGCUUGCACGGUAGCUUGUUCGAAACCAUCCGAAAAAAUGACAGUGACGACAAACAUGUGGCAACCUGGCAAGAUGAAAAAACCGUUUGUGUCUCUUUACAACGACUCUCUUAUGGUGGUUGCUUGGGACAGACCAAACCCGCCAAGAGGCAAGAUAAACUAUUACGAACUCAGGAUUGUCGAAAAGUUCGUCACCCAAAACUUAUCUUUGGUAACACCGAAGAGAGUGGAUCACGAGAAUUAUAGUAUUGCAGAUUGUGGGGAGUCGGGAAAAUACGACGAUAUUUUGGUUUCGGUCAGAGCUGUCAAUGUUUUGGAUCAAAAUACCACAUACUACGGCCCAUGGAGUGAUACUCUGGAAGCUAAAUGUUCACAGUUCAAUUCUUUGAUAUAUGUGGUACUAAGUAUACUCUUGGUAUGUAUAGCAGCCGGGUUUCUCUUCGUUUUCAAGAAACUCUAUAUCGUUUGCAAGAACAUGCAAAAUGUAGAAGUGAAACUACCUCCAGGCUUGGCUCCAGUUGUGGAGCAACGUGACCCAGAAAAAAAUAGCCCUGAGGAUAUGGACCACCAUUCAGGCUCUGAUGAUGCACUUUUAUUGACCAAAGUGAGCGCGGAUUCCAGUGGGUGCAGCUCAGCACCCGAUAGUAUCACGUCUUCCUUGGAAACUGGAACCCACGUGUCGAAUUCGGAUUCGGGCACAGAGCAACCCAUGAUGAUUGGGGACGACUGUGGCAAAGGAUCGCUUAGACAGAGGAAUGUUUCUAGCAAAGGCUACGUAUUGCCAGAUGCGAUGAUGUCAGUGAAUUGGGGUUCAAAAACACCUCCCCCAGGGUCAAAUUACUGCGUGUUGGGCGUAGACCCUGCUAUUCAGAGUGACACAGAGUUGCCAUACAUCUCUAACAGCACAGGAUCUUUGCCUUACAUAUCGUGCGACUCACCGCCUCCUACUACGCCAUAUGUCAUGACAGGUGACUUCGUGAAGACUACUAACCCUGGUUAUGUGCCGUAUAGUCCCCCUGAGCCCUCAUCCAAGAAAUCCAUGGGCUAUGUGAUGGCAGGUUUGACCAAGGAUAUGAUUACCCCAAACAUACUUCAGUGCAAACCAUCGCCAGAAGAGAAACCUGGCUAUGUGAAAGCCGAGAACCUGGCAAACCUAAAAACCGGCCAGUUUGCCUGGCAGUCUCAGCCUGAGCCUGCCCUGCCAAAAACGGGCUAUGUGAGUGUAGGGGAUGCUCUUCCCCCUGCAAAGACUACAAUGGAGAUUACGAAGGGAUAUGUGCCCCAUCGGCAGUUUGAGACUAAAGCCCUAAAGGAGGACUAGAUAGAGUGUUACGUAUUGGCAGAUGCGAUGAUGUCACUGAAUUGGGUUCCAAAGACACCUCCCCAUGGUCAAAUGACUGUGUGUUUGGCGUAUACCCUGCUGUUUAGAGUGAGAUAGAGUUGUCAUACAUUUCUAACAGCACAGGAUCUUUCCCUUACAACUCGUGCGACUCACCUCCUUCGCCUACACCAUAUGUCAUGGCAGGUGCUUUAUAUUUUAAUAAUUAAGUGUGAAUCGAAUCAUUGAUCAGUAAUUAUCAAAUCACUGAGUGAUUUGUUAAAACAGCGUACAUACCAGAUAAUUACGGCACACAAACCGUGUAAUUUCUCCACAUUUGGGAAAGAAAUUGAACCGUCUGCGACACCUUAUCCAUUCCGGCAUCAAAUUGACAUGGAAUUCGGAAUCUAUGCACCCGAUUUGCCCAGGAUACGAGUUUUCACUUUUGUGUAAAAUUCUAGCAUUAGUGCUGCGGGCGCCCAUGUUUAUAUUACAAAUAGAUAUAGUGCCUCUACCAAACAACAUCUAACACGCUAUCCAGCAUCAGGUCAACCAAUAAUACUUUCUCUUUCAUCUCUAUAUCGUGUAAUUCAUUAUAGUUCUUUAUUUAGUUUUACUAUUCAUAGACAUACAAUCAGACAUACAAUGGACUAAUUUGUAUCUAAAUUUAGUGAUAACUCUUAGUAUAGAGAUGGUUGGCUGUAAGAAUAGCAUUGCUCAACUCCUCCAAUAAUGCCAAUACAAAUGUACACAAUUUACCCAGAUAAUAAAGCAUCAGAGUCUAUCUAUUUUAUAACAUAUGUGUUUUACCCUUUCAUCAACAUUUGUAUGUUCAUUUUAAUAACUAAUUGUCUUUUAAAAGCCCAAUGGUUAUAAUUUUGGUAUUUUUGUCCAAAAUUCACUAAUUUUUGAAUAUUUAAUUCAAUAUUUUUUUAUAUAAUCGUAACAUUGUCUACUUCAAAUCUGUGAUAAAACACGCUAAGAUACAACACAGAAUACAAAAGAUGAAGCGACAACUCUCUCUUUCUCUCUCUCUCUCUCUCAUUAUCAUGUGUAUUGAUUUGUUUCACCUUUUUUUUUUAAUUUAAGCGCAGUGAAGCGCCAAUUCUAGUUUCAAAUAUGUUUUGCAUCUUAGUAACACGCUGAAGAAAGUUCAAAAUACAUAUGUUCCAAAAUAUUCAAAUGCAAAAGUUGCAUAGUUGAAACAGUAACGUGUAAAAAUCGAACUCUGAGAAAAUUGAGUGCAAAAUUCUGGAUUUUGUCGAACUAAAUAAAUAGUAUUUUUUAUAUACUAUUUUUUUUUAUUUUUUGUGUUAUAUUCUGUAAAUAGUUUUCUCCAUUUUUGUAUAUAAACCUUGAUUUUAUUUAAUGCAAUUAAGGCAUAAAGCGGAAGUGUCUAUCAUGUGGAAGUUUUAAGAUUUGUCAAAAUUGAAGUCAUUACAUUACACUAUAUAAUAAGAUUGUUAAACUUCUGUAAUACAGCACUAUGUUGCCUACUCAAAAUUGUGAAAAUAAAUUUAAUGCAAUUAUAGCUAAUCAAAUAAAUCGCCGCUAGUUUAAAAUAAAGAUAAGUUUCCUUAACCAUCAGUCUAAAUGUAAAAAUGCGUGUACAAGUUUGCUAUUUAAAAAGGAACGCGCGCAUAAAACAUGGAAUUUUGGAGACUGAACAAGUGUCCAAUUGAUUUGCCAGACUGUUUUUAGGUCACUAUACAAAUGUUUUGAAGCUGGCGAAAAUGUAAAAAUAAUGAAGAUAGUGUAAAUGGGCAUACAAUAGAGAAUAUACAUAAGCAGAUCUUCCACAGACUAGAUACGAUCCCAUUUUGAAAAAAAUUGAAAAUUUUGUGCCUUACAAUUUUGACUGAGCAUAAAAAAAAUUAAGAUUUUGGUAUUUAUAUAGGGUAGUUAACUUGCCAGAAUAAUAAAUAGAUGCUUGCAUUUGCAAUUCUAGUGAUACUCAUAAGCACUAUGUCCUUUUGACUGAAUUAGAAUGUCAAUUUAUGUAAUUUUUAAUGUUUCACAAAAUGGGGUCCUCAAUAUUAGAAUCUCUGAAACUACGUGUAAAAAUAUAUAUUAACAAUGUCCUUUACUGACUUUGAUAUUUUAAAUUUUUUUCCAAAAUUCUGACAAUUUCAUAAAAUUUGUCUUUGAUGAAUGUUUCAUCUCUUAUAGUUUCUGGGGUUCGGGCCCCACUGUAUAGAAGUAGAUGUAACAUGAUGAAUAAGACUUUUUUCGAAAACCUUACAUCUGCUUUGUGAUGUCUUUUGGAUCAGCUCUGGAAAAUGGCAGCUGCUUUUUUUAUCGAAUUUAGAAAAAUUGCAGCUGCUAGCUUUAUAUUUGGACUAAAAGGCGUUGAGUUAUAUUUUUCAAUAAUGAUGCUAAAGUAAUAUACAUAAGCAAAUGCGAAUUUCAAUCAGAACUUCACAAAACCUACUAUUACAAAAUUUUACCUUCCAACACCAUCAAAAAACGCAUUUUGAGUAUGUUACCUACAAAAUAAUGGCAGUAUUUUUCUAAAUUUGAAGUCUACUCGGAAUCGACUCAUUUUGGUGCUCAACUAUAUAUAGCUUUCUGUCUAUUAAAUUUUGAGAUAUCCUGUAUUUUUGAAAAGGGUAAAAAAUAACUGUCGUUUUGUAUGAUCAACAAGUGCAAUAUUUGGAUUAUCAAAGUUGUGAGAUUUUCUGUAUCAAAGACUGACUGUGAUAAAAUUAUGACAUUUUUGAAUGAGUUUUGAUUGAAAUUGUGCAUCAAUGCCAGCUACAGAUAAAUUUUUAUACUUUUUGAGAAUACAUAUUCUCAGAUAGACAAGGAAAAUACUCUGCAUACAUACAUAUGUAUAAUAAACAUAGUUUAGUACAAACCAUGAAAAUUGAAAAAUUUUCAUGGUGACACAUUUUCACAUUGUUUAUAUGUGAACCUGAACACAUGUGGCUGGAUGUUUUUCUAAGUAAGAUGUAGUCAAUAGAACAUUUAAAUUUAUAUCAAGUUGUACCUAUAAUAAUUAUGUAUUGUCAUGUUCCUCUUUUCAUAAAACUUCAAAUAUAUGUAUUAUAUUUAAAA